CCUCUCUCAGCCAGCCCCCAUCAACCAAAACCAAAGGGGAGGUAAAACGGACGCCUUUAAACACGUGAUUUUCUUUAACCUCGACAGAAAGGGAACCUGACUCUACACUGGUAGAGCAUCGGGUUAUUACUAAAAACACCCAAGCGUCAGUAUGAAGAGACUUGUUUUGAUGAUGUUUGGCUUGAUAUUCUUGAAGGGUGCAUAUGCUGAGAUUGUGGAGUCCGUAUCAGUGACUGUGGGAGAUUCUUUAACUCUCCACACUAAAGUUAGUCAAAUAGAGCUGGGUAGUGUGAUGGAAUGGAAGUUUGGAGAAAAUGUCAUUGCUUUGAUCAACAGUGACCCCAACAAGAUCACACAUGUCAUUACUAAUGCUAGUGACAGACUGGAGCUGAACAGGCAGACUGGAAACCUCAAAAUCACGAAUGUCAAAAUGGCAGACUCUGGACUUUAUGAACUGGACAUUAUCAGCCCCAGUGGGUCGACUUUGAAGAAUUUCAGUGUCAUUGUGAUCAAUACAGCAUUCGAUGGAGUGAAGGUUAAGUCAGUGAAAGAGAGAGACUCUGUCAUUCUACCGACCGGUCUUGAUCAAUUACAGAGAGAUGAUCGGCUGACCUGGAAGUUUAAAGGCACAAUCAUCGCUCAAAUAAAUCAAACUGGAAUCUUUCCUCAUGAUGUUCUUGAUGGGAGAUUUAAAGACAGACUGCAUUUAAACCCGUGGACUGGAUCACUCACUAUUACUAACGUCAGAUCGAACACUUCUGGAGAGUAUGUGUUAGACAUCAGUAAGAGCAGCAGCAGAUGCACCACACACAAGACGUUCAGUGUUACUACCAUUGAUGGAGAGAACAUGGUGUCAACGACGGAGGGUACUGCUGUCAUUCUCGCAUCUGGUGUUUUUGAAAUACAUCAAGCUGAUGUGAUAAUAUGGAGGUGUGAACAUGGAGACUCCGUCAUAGCAAAAAUCAGCAAUGGCGCCUUCUCUACAUUUGACGGAGCUGAUGGGAGAUUCAGAGACACGCUGGAGCUGGACUAUAAGACUGGAUCUCUGACCAUCAGGAACGUCAAAACCGAACACGCUGGACUUUAUCACAUGGAUAUGAUCGGCAGCCGUCGCACCAUAUUCAAGAGAAUCAGCCUUUCUGUCUGUCCACGGGAUUGGUCUCUAUGUCUUAUAGCAGUAAUUGCUGUUGCUUUUCUGCUGCUGGUCUUGGCUGGAGGGAUUUUUUGUUUCCAGAAAAAGUGCACAAAUGAUCAGUGUAAAGCUCUAAAGUAAUAUGAGACCAGCUUUCUUCCACGGAGUUAUCAGAUUUAAAGGAAUGAUGGAAAUGAAAUGAAGCAGAAAACUGUUCAAGUCUCAACAAGCUCAACCUCCUGGAGAAUAUAUGUUACUACAAGCUUGUCAGGAAUCAUUUCACUCAUUAAAUGGUUUGUGUGUGUUUUUUCCCCUCCAGUUUUGUGAAUGAACGUAGUUUAUAUACAUUAAUGGUGCAAAAAAUUAUGAAAAUUAGGGUGAAUAGCAAAUUCAUGACUAUAAAUGCUAU